CUUAUCAUUUUUCUCACAACAAAUAAAUUGUUCCAAAAUAUAUAUAUAUAUAUACAGAGUUUUAACUAGCUAAUUAGUGAUGGCUCUCAAGUCCUUUGUAUUAAUCAUUACCAUAUUUGCUGUGGUGACUUCAAUAAGUCAUGCAUCUGAUCCUAGUCCCUUGCAAGAUUUUUGUGUUGCUAUUAAUGACCCCAUGGCUGCUGUUUUCGUGAAUGGAAAAUUUUGCAAGAAUCCAAAGAUUGUCACUGCUGAGGACUUUUUUAGACCAGGUCUAAACGUUGCUGGGGAUACUUCAAAUCCAGUUGGAUCAGCUGUAACUGCAGUGAACGUCAACAACUUAGCAGGACUCAACACUCUGGGCAUAUCUUUUGCUCGUAUUGAUUACGCACCAUAUGGUCUCAACCCACCUCAUACACACCCUCGAGCAAGUGAGAUUCUUGUUGUCCUUGAAGGCACGCUCUAUGUUGGCUUUGUUCUUUCAAACCCAGGUCCAAAUAUGAAGAACAAACUACUUACCAAGAUACUACAACCAGGAGAUGUGUUUGUUUUCCCCAUAGGACUCAUUCAUUUUCAACUUAAUGUGGGAAAGACUAAUGCUGUUGCAUUUGCUGGACUUAGUAGUCAAAAUCCAGGAGUCAUCACUAUUGCAAAUGCAGUAUUUGGCUCAGACCCACCAAUCAAUGACAAUCUUCUUGCAAAAGCAUUCCAAGUUGAUAAGAAAGUCGUGGAUUAUCUCCAAUCACAAUUCUGGUGGGACAACAGCUAUAGAUUAGUAUAAGCCAAAUAAUAACUAUAUUUGUCCUUGGAAUUUAAGAAAUCAUAAAUAAAUCUCAUGAUCUAGUCUUGUGGAUUGGAAUUAUAUUUA